ACAGCUGAGAUGCUUGCCAAGGUAGAACAAAAAAGUUCAUUCUCGGUGUUUUUAUUUUGUUUUACAUUUUCAUUUCAUUCAAGUCAAGAAUGUGGUGUCAUGGUUUGUAAACAAAGUAUUGCUAUAUUUUGAUAUCGGCUUACUUUUAAACUCUGAAUUUUUAAAAAGCUUAUGUCAUUCAAUCAAUUAUUAUUAUCAUAAUUAAAAAUGGAUUGUGAAGUUAAAGUUUCACUAACAGUGAAAUGGAAUGGAAAAGAAUACGAAGUGAAUGACUUGUGCGGCACCGAUUCUGUUGGAACUCUGAAAGCCAAUAUUUACAAGUUAACUGGUGUCCGACCUGAAAGACAAAAACUACUUAAUUUAAAAUAUAAAGGUAAGAUGCCAGAGGACGAUUGCCAGCUGUCAGUGCUGGGGCUGCGCCCGGGCACCAAGAUCAUGAUGAUGGGUUCGCUGGAGGAGGCGAUCGCGGACGCGAGCAGUCGGCCUGACGGCGUGCCGGACGUGCUGGAUGACUUCGACAUUGACGACGGCGAAGAGGUCGCCAUCGAGAACCGCCACGUCUACCUCGAAAAGAUCGACAAGCGAAUCCGCACCUACAAUAUAGAAAUGAUAAGCGAGCCGCGACCAGGCAAGAAGCUGUUGGUGUUGGACAUAGACUACACUCUGUUCGACCACCGGUCAUCUGCCGAAACAGGGGUCGAGCUGAUGAGACCCUACCUACACGAGUUUCUCACCUCAUCAUAUGCGUAUUAUGACAUAGUGAUUUGGUCGGCGACAAGUAUGAAGUGGAUUGAAGAGAAAAUGAAAUUGUUGGGUGUGUCCACUCAUCCCGAUUACAAGAUUCUCUUCUACAUGGAUCAUCUUGCUAUGAUAUCCGUUCAUACACCUAAAUAUGGACUGGCUGAGGUGAAACCAUUGGGCGUGAUCUGGGGCAAGUUUCCGCAGUACACGCCGAAGAACACGAUAAUGUUCGACGACAUCCGACGCAACUUCCUGAUGAACCCGAGCAACGGACUGCGCAUCGCGCCAUUCCGGCAGGCGCACACGAACCGCGCCACCGAUCGCGAACUGCUCAAGCUGGCCAAGUACCUCAGGGAGAUCGCUGCGCUCGACGACUUCUCCGCGCUCAACCACCGCCGCUGGGAGCACUGGCUGCACAAACUGCAGCGGCGGCGCACCGACCACUCUGACAACCAGUGAAUUGUUCGCGUUACAUCCUACUUGAAAUUGAAACUCAUUGUUUGCUUCAGAGAAACUGUUCUUUAUUAUACUCUUGAAAUAAGUAUCAUCAUAGAUAAAAGAUAGCAUAAGAAGAUAUCCCAUGGUAUAGGUUGUCUAUGUUCCAAAUUUAAAGCCGAUUUUUGUCAACUCAAGCCGAUUACUGUCUGUCAUUACUGUUUUGUUGGGGUGAGAGUGUAAGAACGGCACAGUAUAGAUAGGUAGAUAAAUGCCUUUUAUUUGCAUUUACAACAUUAAAAGUGAUGUGGGCGAGUUAAUAUGAGAGACUACCAGUGUCACAUAGUUAUUCACGAAUAACAACUACUAGGACUAUCAGCUUGAGUUAACAUUGAAAAUUGAAAAAAAUGAACGCCCUAUACCAUGAGAUAUCUUCUUAUUUUAUCUUUUCUCAAUAGUAUCAUUAUCAUCAUGAAAUAAGGUGCUUGAUGGUGAGAUUUCAUUACAUUAUUACUGAGAAUGAUCGAUCUAAAUCGAUGACAUAAUAUAUUAGUCUUAAAAAAAUUGUUGCUGAUGCAUCUUUUAUGCAAAAUGAAUAUUGUAAUUAAAAAUCUGUAACUCUAUAUUUAUUGAAUAAUGUUAUUUCAUUUUUUUAUAUUGAUAUCGUUUAUUUCAUGAAGAUUUAGAAAGAUAUUUUUGGCAGGUAUACAAAGAAUUUAUCAUCAUUGUUAUAAUAACUAAGUUGAAAUUGAUAGUGUGAUCAAUUAUUCUUUUUAACUGAUAAUUAAAAAGAGAUCAGGGAAUAGAAUAUUUAUUGGAUAAACUCAAAAGAAUAAUUAAAGUUUGAAAUAUGUUACUUGAAUUUUACAUUAAUGUUAUAAUUUCCAUUUUCAAUAGCUGAAACUAUAGUUUCAAUUAGUAUAAAUCUGAAUUCCUAUGUUUGAUAUUAUUUAGUGAGAAUGGAAGGGUGACUAACGGGAACCGGAUGGUUUCAAAAAUAGCAGUACAAUAUCAAAUUAACUAACUCAUUUGAAAAACGUCAGUUUCCCAUAAAUCACCCACUGUGAGGAAAAUUAUUUUUAAAAUUUGCAAAGCAAUAAAACAAUUUAAAAGAGUAUCUAUGUAUAAGUAUUAUUUCUAAAUCAAGAAAGUGAACACCGAAUAGUUGAACAAAAUUAAGGCUGUGCAAAGGCUAAAAAUAAACUUUCUACUGGUGAUAUUUUUCAAAGUUUUUCGAUUUAUCAUCAAGCUAUCAAAAUGAAAAAGUUUUCUCAGGAAAACAUCUUUUUUCCGAUCAUUAAUUUUUUGAGAUAUGAGCGGCUAAAGUUUAAAUUUUCGGCACAGAACAUUUCAAAUUCGGUAAGAGAUAAAUCCAUGAGAUUUGAAGGAUAAAUUCUUCAUGGUAUUGUUGAUCUAGUAAAACAAAAAUUUUCUUAAAAUAUCAAUUUUUGUGAAAGUUAUUCAAAUUACAAAAAAUGACCAAAAAUAACUCAACUGAAAGUUAUUUUUGGUAAAUUGAAUAGCUUUCUCAAAAUUUAUAUUUUAAGAGAAUUUUUGUUUUACUAGAUCAACAAUACCAUAAAGAAUCUAUCCUCUAAAUCUCAUGGAUUCAUCUCUCACCGAAUUUGAAAUGUUCUGUCCCUAAAAUUAAAACUAGGCGCUCAUAUCUCAAAAAGUAAUGAUCGGGGAAAAAAAUGUUUUCUUGUGAAAACUUUUUCAUUUUGAUAGCUUGAUGAUAUACAAAUCGAAAAACUUUGAAAAAUAUCACCAGUAGAAAGUUUAUUUUUAGCCAUUGCACAGCCUUAAUUGUUCAUAGUUAGAUAAAUAGUAAAAUAAGACUUUUCAAGUGAUAUAGGCUAACUUAAUGAUAGGUAGUGGUUUUUGGUAACUAUUAUCUUAAAGAAACAAUAGAAAAUUCUUCCUUUGCAUUAUAGUCUAAACCACCUUCAUAAUAGUCAUGGUUUGGAAAACUUGAUUUAAAAUGUCAGUUUUCAUCCAAAUUGGUUUACCCAAUGCUGCAGAUUUAUUGGUUUACCCAAAGGGCUGAAGAGCUAGAAUAGCAGUCUCAAGUUUAUGCUAGGAUUACAUGAUGAUGAAAAAACCUGUUAUGGCGCACUCACACAACUUUUCUUGUAUUUAUGAAAAUUUCGGCAAAAACCGCCUCAUGUGUCUCCGGCGUAAGAGUCGAGUUUCAAAAAUAUAAUUUUUAAUUGAUCAGCUGACGAGAUCAAUUCUGCUAUCUCUUCCAGUGGAUGAUUCAAUAGAAUCAACAGUUGCCUCUCUCAUUAGGUUUGCACUUGAAUAAUCAUAUUUUCUCGAAUUUUGAGCUUAUUUUUAAUUUUAGUUAAAAAUGUUAUUGGUCAUUAAUUGUAGAGACUUUCAUGUUCAAUCUUUUCCAUUAAAAAUUUUUCGUUUAAAUUGUUUCUGAAGCCUUAUGAUUGGAAAUCUAAAAUCAAACUUUGCAUAGAUGGGCCGGAGCUCCUGAAAUUUUUAGAUAUGUGACUUGUGGCAGCUGAUAUAACUUAUCAAUGACUAUUCAAGUUAAUGAUCAAAAUCGUUGGAGUCGUUUUUGAAAAAAUUGCGAAAAACCCUAUUUUUGACAUCAUUUUUGCCGUUUUAGCCGCAAUCUUGAAUUGCAUUUGAUCAAAAUUGUUCGUGACGGAUCCUUAUAGUGAAAGAACCUUAAGUCUCAAAUUUUAAGUCAUUCCGUUAAUGGUAAUAGGCCAAGGAAAGUAAAAAUAACCAGAGUUCACAUUCUUUCUCUCUACAUUAAUUUAUUUUAUACAGUUGGUAUAAAAUAUAAAGUUAAUUGUAAUUUUUUUUCGAGAGGCCUUGAAAUAAUUUUGCCUUUUAGUGUUGUAGUUUGAAUUUGUUUGAAGCUCAUUACAAUAUGUUGAUAGAAAUAGCAAUAAACGUACAUUUCUAAUAAUACUGGAUCUUUUCAUUUGUUGUGUAAGUACUUGUUCAUGAUAAGUGACAUAACAAGUAGUGACACAUGAAGAUCAAGAAUAUAAUAGCGCUGAUAGAAAAAUAUUGUAACAGUGUGUUUUAAUGAACAUCGCCAGAUAAAUAAAUUUUAGAAUUGAAAUCCAAGUAGUAGAUCUAGAAGAUAUGCAGUAGGAGGUUUUGAAAUUCAGCCAAGCCAGUAACGGCAGAUUAGUGAUAGAAGUGGCAAACAUUAAGUAGAUAAAGGCUAGAAAUGAGAGUAUAAAUCAUAAUUGUUUUAAAUUAAUACCAAAAUUAAAUUGGCAGUUGCUUUAUUUCACCAUUUUGUAAUCAAAAAAACACUAGUUAUUAUAGUUUAGGAUCUUCUGCAUGUUUGUACUUACAAAACGUUUGAAGUGACAUUAGAACAUUACAAAGUCAAAGCCUGGAACGAGCAGUGAUUUGAUCAUCAGCUGUUAGCUGAAGCAUGUAUUUAUUUCUAGCAUUGUUUGUAACUGUUUAGAAAAAGGAAUUAAUAUAAAAUUAUAAUAACAAUUUGA